GCGAAACAGCGGAGAGAGAGAGCUGAGUGAGCAGGAGGAGGAGGGUAGGGAGUGAGCAGAGUGAGGACAGAUUAAAACCAAGCAGGAAUAAAGGGAACACCAUCAUAUUCUCCUUGUUUUAGUUGUCAGCAAAAUGGAUUGGUACACCACAGACACUGUGGAGAGGAAGUAGCUGAUCAGACAGGGAGGAAAAGGAAAAAAGCUGGAGCAGGAGGGCAGGCUUUCCAGAGGAGGAUAUGUGCUGCAGCGUGUGGGUUACCAACACUUUAUGCAUUACGGCAGUGAAAUGUGUAAAGUAACCUCUAACAUCCCAGUCUCGCAGCUGAUGAUGCAGAGGACUAACAGUGAGAGGAUUUCCUGCUGAACACAAUGGCCCAGACUAAAGGCCAGAAUGAUGGGAUUGUGUCAUCCGACAAAAACAGAAGCAACCAGCUUCCAUCAACUGAAGUGGCAGCCAUGUCACAGGAAGGCCCACAGACCAUCGUUCUCCAGAAGAACUCACAAGGUUUUGGCUUCACUUUGCGCCACUUCAUUGUGUACCCACCAGAGUCGGCCCUCCAAAGCCUCAAGGAUGAAGAAAAUGAAAAUUUACCAGGAAAAUUGGAGAGUCAGCAAGCUUGCUUGGAGCCAAUGGACACCAUUUUUGUGAAAAGUGUGAAAGAGAAUGGCCCUGCUCAACAAGCUGGACUGUGUAUUGGAGACCGACUGGUGAAGGUUAAUGGGGAGAGCAUUCUGGGGAAAACCUACUCUCAGGUUAUCGCACUCAUCCAAAACAGUGAGAACCUUUUGGAGCUCACUAUUAUGCCAAAAAAUGAGGAUGUGUUGCAGUUGGUAAGUAUGUACUCCCAGAAUGUCAACUCCAAAGGUGUUAAACCGUACUCAGGUGAGACCCAGAACCCUCCAGAACCUCCACAUCUCUGCUCCCUGGCCUCUGGUGUGAGCUCCACCAUGCAGCAUCCCACUUCCAACCCUCUGGACAACUGGCCGCACAAUGGCAGAAGUGCCAUCUCACCACUGGACAACCAAGCCCCUGUUACCUCUACCGCCACCUCGGGCCAACCACAAGCUCCAGAGGGUUCCAGCAGACAUUUUGCUCCACCAUGGCAACACCAGGAUGGCAAUUAUGCAAGCCUGAAUGCAUUUGACUUCCAUUUUGCUAACCAUAAUGCUGCCAUCACCUCUGCAACGCUGCCUCCACCUCGAAGGAGCAGACUGCAGGCCUCUUCACGUGCUCACAGCGAUGCACUCUACCACCAGGCUCUGUCAGACUGGUACUACAGCCAAGCAGAGGCAGCAGAACACAUUUCCCCCCGACAAUUAGGUGUAUCUCAGGACUAUCUAGCCGAGCCGCACCUGGGUUCGGCACCCAGGCCCAGAUUUAUACCCAGCCCUAUGACCUUUGCAGAACACCACAGAAGAGAAACCUUCCUCCAUCAUCAGCAAGCAGCAGGUGCUAUCCAUGACUCCUACUGGCUAGGUGGCUGCGGCACUGGAUUGGGUACUGCUAGAAAAUCAUGCUCAGAGAGUCUGCUGGCAGCCUAUGCUGAAUAUGAGCACAAUUAUGGCCGCUCCGUGGAAACACUGGCAGAGGCCUCGGCUCUGGUCUCACAACAUUAUGAACAGACUUCACCAAAUUCCCAAAUGACAUGUAAAAGAGAACAGAAGAAGCAAAAAGCUCCAGAAGGACAUGAACAUAAAACUACAGUGUUGGCUUCCCCCACCGUGCCACUCGGCCACAUGCAGUCAGCUCAGCAGGUGGCGGAGCCCCAAACAAGAUGGCUGGAAGAAGAGGAAGUGGUGGGCUACAGAAGCUACAGCCCCUCAUUUUACCACGAAGAGGGACAUCUCCUCCAGCAGGCCCACUCUUUCAGAGAGCCUACUUACAGUGGCCCUCACCUCAACUGGGGGUCUGGCACCAGAAGAGAGGGUGCCUUUUCCUGUCUCCAAUCUACUCCUGCACCUCGAACUUUAGAGGAGAAGACAAAGCAGCUAAGAGAUGACAGAGAGGUCAUCUCCUCCGUGUCCCCAGUUCAAGAGGUGGUCCUGAGGCAAAGGCCCCCAUUUACCUGUCAGACACCCUUUCAGGCUAACUCCACUCCCACCAUAUCACCGGAAGCAUCUGGUUGGAUCCGGGCAGCCAGAACAAUUCCUGUCCCUCAAGAAACUGGGUCCAGCCGCAGAGUUAAUGGUAGCCUUGCCCAUGCCUUUAAUUCCCUGUCCUCCAUUCCUUUCAUAGAUUAUCCUGUCAGUCCCAAUGUUGACCACCAAGCCUGCUGUGUGUCGGCUCACUCUGUUGUGUCCAGAGGGGCUGGGGUCACCUUCACCUCUGUGGCCCCGUCCUCCGUCUCCCCCACUGUCCGACUUCGCUCUCAGGACUUCAGAAGCUUUAAAAGUCGCCGCUCCUCUUACCUGCUGGCCAUCACCACUGAGCGAUCCAAGUCCUGCGAUGAAGGACUCAACACUUACAGGGAUGAGAGCAGAGUCUUCUCUAAAUUACCAAAGAGAGUCAAGAGCUUUUUCACUGAUGGGUCUUUGGACAGUUUGCGAGCCCAGGAGGAUCCCUGCUCGAAGCGCCACUCCACAUCAGAGCUGGGUGUCAUCACCUUUAGUGAUGUCCGGAAGGAGGGCUGGCUACACUACAAACAGAUCCUCACAGAAAAGGGAAAGAAGCUAGGAGGCAGCAUGCGGCCUUGGAAACGUGUCUUCAGUGUGCUUCGCCAUCACUCCCUUUUCCUUUACAAAGACAAGCGUGAAGCUGUGCUGCAUGGCGCCGGGGCAGGCAGCAGCCAGGAUGAACAUCCACCAGUCAGUAUUCGAGGCUGCCUGAUUGAUAUUGCCUACAGUGGAACCAAACGAAAGCACACCCUGAGGCUGACCACGCAGGACUUCUGUGAGUACCUGCUGCAGGCUGAAGACCGGGACGACAUGCUGGCGUGGAUCAGGGUCAUCAGAGAGAACAGCAAAUCAGAUAAUGAGGAGAUUGGACAAGUUCUAAUCAACAAGAAGCUGAAUGACUACAGGAAACACAGCCUGACAGGCAACAAGUCAGAUUCCUCCCCCAGAGCCCAUCGCAUGGUGCCUGACUUCCUCCUGGCAAAAACAGACAAUACUUCAGGGAACCGAACCUCAAGAGCUGAUGACAACAAGGCCCUGUGGGGUAUCAACCUCAUGAAGAAAACAAAGAAACCAGGCUGUCCGAAAGCCUUUGGGGUGAGACUGGAGGACUGCCAGCCAGCUGUUAACCAUAAAUUUGUCCCUCUGAUUGUUGAGAUGUGCUGCGGUGUGGUGGAGUCCUCUGGUCUGGAGUACAUGGGGAUCUACCGCGUGCCUGGGAACAACGCCAUGGUGUCAAGUCUGCAAGAACACCUCAACAAGGGCCUGGACAUCAACACUGCUGAAGAGAGAUGGCAAGAUCUGAAUGUCAUCAGCAGCCUGCUUAAAUCAUUCUUCAGAAAACUGCCGGAGCCUCUGUUCACUGACGACAAAUAUAACAGCUUCAUUGAUGCCAACCGGAUAGAAGCGGCUGAUGACAGACUGAAGACCAUGAAAAAACUGAUCCAUGACCUCCCAGAUUAUUAUUACCAUACCCUUAAGUUCCUGGUGAGUCACUUGAAGAUGGUGGCAGACCACUCUGAAAAGAACAAGAUGGAGCCAAGAAACCUGGCUCUGGUGUUUGGUCCCACUCUGGUGAGGACGUCAGAGGACAAUAUGACUGACAUGGUUACCCACAUGCCUGACCGUUAUAAAAUAGUGGAGACACUCAUCCUUCAUCAUGACUGGUUCUUCUGUGACGGUGAGCUGGAUCAGGACAAUACGGUCCCUGAGAGUAAGCGGGACAUUCAACCUGUCCCUAACAUCGAUCACCUGCUGUCAAACAUUGGCAGGCCGGGCAUGCCUGGGGACGCUUCAGAUUCCACCACCAGUGAUUCAAUUAAACUGAAGAUUUCUUCCACUUCCAAGAAAGAUCUGAAUGCCAGGGACUUCCUUCCCAAGUCCAUCAUCUCUGCUGUGACCCGCAAACGUAAAAAAUGCCUCAGCACCCAUCUAGUAGUCGGCAGUGGUGAUGAGGACUCUGAGCAUGAACUGGUCAAAAACACAAGCUACAGAGAGAGAGAUGAAGGUCCCCUUGAUGGAAGGGAACCGCAAGAACCGGUCCAGGGGGAACACGCCUGCUCCAAAAAGGAAAAGAGACAUGGAGUGGAACAUGUGCAGACAUCUGAAGAGGGAAAAGAAGAAGAAACAGUUGUGAGGAAGGGAGCAGUCAGAGGGGGCGGUGCUUUCCCUAUUUCUCAGCAGAUCCAUAGCAAAUAUCCAAAACCUCCAGCAGCAACAAGCCCACCAUCACAUACCAAGAGUCCAAGCGAUGCCAAUGAACGUCCCAGCAUUCCAUUCUGGAUUUCCCCCAGCUGCCCCCCCUCUUUGCAGACCUCCAGUUGCCUUACAGAGUGGAGUCAGGCAGCCAGUACAGGCAGGCCUGCUAGGACCAGGGCCACCUCCAUUAACCUGGAGCUGGACUGGGGCCAGGAGAUUGGCACAGGUCAGACAUCAGAUAGGGUAAAGGUGAUCAGAGCUGGGGAAGUGCUAGCAGCUCAGUGUGGAUUUCUUCAACAGAGAUCCGCCACAGCAGGCUCAGCUCAACAUCCCCUUCCUGCUUUCUCCUCUACUUCAGGAUGGACUGAUCAGCGAUCCUCCUCUGUGGUGCUACGGUCAGCUCCAGAUUCUCAAGGCAGGAGGAGAGCAUGGCGUCGCCACACUGUGGUCAUUUAAGCCAACUUUUAAUUCUACUAAAACAGAAAAGUUUACUCGCCAACAUCUGCUCAACUGUUUGUCUCUCAAACCGUGAUGCUGCGCCCCUUUUUACGCAUUCUGGAUCUCAUGCCUCAAAAAUCAGACUUUUACUAGCUGUUAAAAUGUUGUAAACAUAAGAACAGAAUAUCUUAAUUUAUUUAACAAACAAAAAUCUAAAAAUGUGUGUUAAAAAAAGUCUAUCUUAACUACUUACUUGGGAAAGCAGUAAAACUGGCCUACUUAUCACAUGCAGUAAUAAAUUGUUCAUCAGUUUUCUACAGCCGGAGGUUGAUAGGCUGUCUCCAGAUGGGACCUUUACCAUCAGGAGAGAGCAGAGGCCAAGCAGAACUGCAGCCAAAUCAACCAACUCUGACUCCCCAGGUGGUUUUCCAAGUUUUGACCUUCCAGCCCUCAGCUGUAGUUUAUUAAUAAUUAGAUAGAUCUGACCCAAACUUUUCUGCCAAGACAACUCGAUCUCUGUGCCCUUCUUGAUGUACUAUGAUUUUGCAGAGGCCUGUUUUGUAUUUGUUGUCUAAAUCUUUCCUAACCUUUGUAUAUGAAACAAAUAAUUAAUUAAAUUAUUUCUUUUGGACAUGAUUUGGUCUGUUG